AUGUCCCCAUCCUGGCGGCACUCGCUGCUGCAGGGAGUGUGCACGGCUCCUUCAUGCAGCGACUGCAUCAUCGCCUUCUGCUUGGGCUUGAUCCCCCAACGGGGCUCAGAAGGCUCCCCAAUGGCAGACUCGCUGCUAAACCACUCCUGGCCGUCGUUCUCAAAGCGCUGGAUGAAGAGAUGGUCCUUUAAGCGAGGUGACGGGGACACGGUCAGCACUGGAGAGAAGAGGCCAAGUUCAUCACAAGGGCCUUGUGCCAGGGAGAAACUGGCCUUGUGCCUUGUGCCUAGCGCCCAGCAUGGUGGGUCAGACUGCAAGCCGUGCUCGCGGGAGUUCGCUGCCAGCAACAUCCCCACGUCAGACUGCAGCAGCCCAGACACCUUCUCCCCAUCCCUGAUUGCUGAGGAUGAAGUCUUCUUCACCAGCAUGGCAGAGGAAAAGGAAGACUCCUCGUCUCUGGAGCCGGAUGCCCUGAUGGGUGAUGUGCACAGCAGCACUGAGGAUCUCCUCUCCAUAGACUUCGCUCUCCACGGCUCAGAGUAUUACAGAGACCUGGGGCUGCCAAACCUGCCAGAGGCCGGCGUGACUCCAGCAAUGGCAAUGCUGCCAGAACAGACAGGCCAGGUGGCGCCCAGCUCUCCUGUACCGGAAGAGAAGCCUGGAGGCUUGGGGCGAACGCUUGUGGGCAUUGCCUACCCCAGUCCCAUCUCCGGCUCAGUGCAGAACAGGGAGACCAGCUGCCAUUUCCUGAACAGUGACUCUGCUUGCUCCUGUGCGGCAGGGGCCCAGGACAGCCCCCCUGUGGGGGGGUGCCUGGCAGAGCAGGGGAAAGGCCUGGAGCUGCAUGAGGAUGAGCAGUCCUUCCCCGCGCUAAUGAGAUCCAUGUCCACCUCACGGAGGCACAGCUGGGAAAGCCCCGUGUCCCCUACAGAGAGCGAGCGCAGGCUAAGCCUGGAUGCCUCCGAGAUGGCCAGUGACCUGGAGCAAGAAGAGCUCGAAAGGAGCCUGCCCUGCCUGGCUCCCCGUGUGUCCCUGGAGCUGCCCACAGCUGGGGUGGAGGCCUGGGCAGGCGGUGGCAGCACUCUGAUUAAAGUGGAGAUAGAGCCCCUGCACCUGAACUUCGCCAUCGUGCCCGAUCACGAGGACACAGAAUAUGGCAGCAGUGGGAAGAGACUGAGGACAAAGUCCGUCCCUUCCACCUGCAACAAGGUUUCCUCUCCUCAAAUCUCUCACAACCUGGAGGUGUCGCUCCCAGUUGCCAAAGGUAUUGAACCGCCUGCGCUGGAGACGAUUGAAAAGGACCAUGUGGCCCCAGACCAUGUGCUGAUCGUCCAGCAGGUGCUGCAGGAGCUGAAACAGUUUCACGGGGCGAAGCAAGGGGCCUGCCCCGCUGAGGGCAGCAACGAAUCCCAGCAGAACCUCACCUGGUUCGAGUUCCUGUCUCAUGAGGCUGACGACAAUGGGAAGAGUGACAAGAUUGAGAGAGGCACGAAGGUGAAACGCCGGCUGAGUUCCCUGCGGAGCCGUGUCACUGGGUCCUGGCAGAAGGAUAAGGGUAAGAACAAAGACCAACCAAAAGAGAGAGAAAAGAGCCAAAAGUGGAAAAGGGUCAAUGGGCACCAGCUGGCGCCAGGGACGUUCUCCAGCUUCACCAGCUGUUCACUGUGCGCCAAAACUCUGGUGAAUAAAAAUGGUCUGCAGUGCCUGAGUGAGUAUGGCUGAUACCAUGGCCUGGCUGUACCUGUCCACCCUCCCUUCUGGCCUGGCUUGGCCUGGUUGUGCUUCCUGUCUGGCUUGGCUGUACCCGCUCCCCCAUCUGUGCCUGGCCUGGCUUGGCUUGGUUUGGCUUGGCUUGGCUGUACCCUCGAUUCCUGCCAGGCCUGGCUGUACCCAGGAAGCCUGGCCUAGCCGCUUUGUUCCCAGACUCCCAGGGCAUGGCACCCUGUUCAUUCUCAUUGGUCUUAGCUGCCCAGGCAUCUCCUGUCUCUUUCCCAAAGGAGGGUUCCGGGUCAAUUUGUUCCUUUAAAUUUGAUAUUAACAAAAAAGGGAAGGUCAGGAAAUGCUCUGUCCUUUCUGAGUAGCCCUGAGAGCAUUUUUGGGCCUGCCUGGGGCUAGCCCCGCUGGGCUGCCUGGGCCCAGCCUUUCCUUUCCAGAGACACAGAUGUUUCAGCUCCACAUGUGAUGUGGGAACAGACACGGGGAGUCAAAAAACCAUCCAGGGCUUAGUUAAGCAAAGCCAAAGUGAAAUGCUGUCUCCCCCGCCACCCCCCCCACACUC